AUGGGGACCAAAGCAAAAAAGAAAUCAAUUGUGAAGAAUUUGAAGAAGGCGUCUGCGCAAUUCUCCACUCCCAAAGACGACAGUCCUGAUUUUGUGCCGUUGGAGGGUGGUCCGGCGCGGAAGACCCCGAAGAUCGAAGAGAGAGAGAAUAAAGCAACUGUGUUGUAUAUUGGAAGAAUCCCACAUGGAUUUUAUGAGAAUGAAAUGGAAGGUUUCUUUAAGCAAUUUGGUACAAUCAAGAGACUCCGAAUAGCAAGGAAUAGGAAGACGGGGAAAUCCAGGCAUUUUGGAUUCAUUGAAUUUGAGUCUCCCGAGGUUGCAAAAGUUGUUUCGGAAUGCAUGCAUAACUAUCUAUUGUUUGAGCAUCUGUUGCAAGUUCAUCUUGUUCCUCCUGAGCGUGUUCAUCCAAAACUAUGGAAAGGUGUGACUCGCCGGUACAAGCCCAUGGAUUGGGUUAAAAUUGAAAGGAAGCAUCAUGACAAGGAAAGGACCUUGGAAGAGCACAAGAAAUUGGUAGAAAGAAUUAUGAAAAGGGACCGGAGAAGGCGGAAGAGGAUUGAGGCCUCUGGUAUCGAUUACGAUUGCCCAGAAAUUGUUGGAUGCAACCAGCCCACCUCAAAGAAGAUCAGGUUUGAUGCAGAGUAG